AUGGAGGACCUGCUGGACGCCGAGAUCGGCAAGAACGACUACGACUGGCUUCUUACACCGCCUGGGACGCCCCGUGUUCCUGCUCUGGAGGUUGCUCAGAAAAUACCAUCCUCAAAUAUAUUGCCUAAGCGCACCCUCACUAGAUCUUCCUCAACUACAAGAGCAUCAAGGCUUUCGGUGUCUCAAACAGAGAAUGGACAUUCUGCAGUUCCCACUAGACCAGCAAGAAGUAACUCUGUAACCCGCCCUUCUAUCCAAUCAACUCUCAUGUCAAGCAAUAACAGGACAUCAGUUCUCAGCGCAAGUAUUUCAUCUGUCAGUUCAAGACCUACAACCCCAAGUAGGCGAAGCAGCACCAUUGCUGCGCCAAAACAAUUGGUGCCAGCUUCACGUCCAGUUCCAGCAAGGUCAUCUACUCCUGUUAAACCUCGUCCAUCUACACCAUCCAAAACUCGCCCGUCUACUCCUGUGAAAACUCAUCAAGCAACAUCUAACUCUGCAACUGACGCAGCUGCUGGCAGGACCACAGCCACCCAAAGUUCAAGGCCAUCGACUCCAAAUUCUCGGUCUCGAAUUAUGUUGAAUUCCUCUUCAGGUUCUAUUCCUGCAAUGAGCCGCCCAAGUCCAUCCGUAGGUAUCAUUCCUGCAACGAGCCGCCCAGGCGCUUCCUCAAGUAAUGGUCAUGGGACAAGCCAUCCCACCUCAUUGUCUUCUGGUACAGUUCCUUCAGUCAGUCGCUCCAGCUCACGAUCAUCUACACCUACACGUCAGCCUGCAGUGCGUUCAUCGACCCCAGCUAUGGGCCGUUCGCCUUCUUUUGGACGCACUUCUAGUAGCAAUAGCUUGACGACAUCUAUGAACCGACCUGCAGCUAGUAGUGGCCGAAGUUCAGCACCGUCAUCAGCUCCAUCAUCCCGUCCAAGUUCCCCAGGUCCACGACCCCGAGCUCCAGUGCGCUCACAUGACAUUCCUUCAUCGGCUCCAGCAUCUCGUCCAAGUUCCCCAGGUGCACGACCCCGAGCUCCAGUGCGGCCACAUGAUACCCCUUCAUCAGCUCCUUCAUCUCGUCCAAGCUCCCCAAGUCCACGACCCCGAGCUCCGGUGCGGCCACUUGAUAUCCCUGAUUUCCCAAAUGAAACACCACCAAACCUAAGGACAAAGCUACCUGAGCGACCACUAUCUGCUGGUAGAUCACGCCCUGGAAUGGCUUCAGGAAUAAGAUCAAACCCACAUGCUGAACAGUUAGCUGCCUCGGCUCCUGCAAAAAAGCUCUCCGUGCCUGCUGCAAGUCGUAAUAAGUUUUCAGAUCCACCAUCAAAGGCGCCUUCUCGCUCCAAUGGACACCAAAAUAGGCAGUCUGAAAGGCCCGUUGUUGACAGUCAAGCUACUAGGACUGCACGGACUGGUGCAGUUGCAGGCGAUAAUGGAUUCGGGAGGACAAUUUCAAAGAAUUCACUUGACAUGGCAAUCAAGCACAUGGACAUUCGGCAGAACUUGGGUGGCAUCCGUGGCGCAUCCCUGUUUCCCCACAGCAUCCGCUCGAGCGCCGGCAAGGCCCGCCCGGUCCGAAUGUCUGACCCCGGGCAUCCCACCUCGAACGGUGACCACCGGCACUACGCCGACAACGGCAGCACCAACGGGCACUUCUUCUCGGGCGACUCGUACGGGGCCCUGUCGCGCAACGGAGGCAGCUCGACGGACUCGCCGGAUCGGGGAAGCUUCGGGACCAAGGAGACGUCCCUGAGCGAGCUGGACAUCUACGGGAGCUCGCGGUACGAGGCGAUGCUGCUGCGCGGGGAGGACGUGAGGAACACGAGCUGGCUGCACGGCGGGUUCGACGACGACAAGCCCGACCAGAGCCCCCUGUUCGACCACCGGUUCGAGCCGCUCCCGGAGCCCUUCAGCCCCUUCUGA